UCCUCGCUCAGGUGGCUGUUCACUCGGCCGCUCCACGCUCAGGUGGCUGUCCACUCGGCCGCUCCUCGCUCAGGUGGCUGUUCACUCGGCUGCUCCUCCGCUCAAAUUCGCGUCAGGCCGCUCCGCUCAAUUUCGCUCCCCGCUCCACUUCAAAAUCCUCCCGCUCCAGUGAAAUCGCUCCACACUCACUCCAAUUUAAAAGAGGGAGAAAUAAUCUAUAAGCUGAAUUGUCACCUUAGAAAACUUAACUUAGAAAACUUAACUUAACGAGAAUCACUUUUUAAGAAAAAAGAAGCCACUUCAGAUAAUUGUGUUGUCUUAUCCACAACUUUUUCACCCCUUUCGGGUGAGAUUAAGUCCAUAGUCAAAAAAACAUUGGCAUGUUCUAUCUAGUGACCCACAGAUCGGCGUCCACUUUUUGGUGAGAGCUGACUCUUUUACUCCGCCAACUAAUUGGCUUACAACUCUCGAUCCUGGCAACUUCCCUUGCAGGAGUUGCGUUAACUGUAAUGCGAUGAUUAAAGGCAACUCUUUUUUACAUCCACGGACCGGCAAGUCGUUCUCUGUGAGGGGGAGAAUCACUUGUUGCACAUCCUUUGUCGUCUACUUACUGAAAUGCCCAUGCGGGUUCUGUUAUUUUGGUAAAACAAAAAGAGAAUUAAGAAUAAGAAUAAAUGAACACAAAAGCAACAUACAUAAUCAUGACAUUAAGUCAUCUGUGGCAAGACACUUUAAUGAAUCUGGGCACGACGUCUGUACCUUGAAAUUUCAAGGCAUCGAGGCCUUCUGGAUCUAUACGCUUAAAACAGUACACCCUAAUGGCUUAAAUGAAGAACUGGUUUUAAAUUGCUUCUUGUGAUUUUCUAUGAUCUUUGUGUAAUGCAUAGGGGUGUAAAUAUUAAUCGAUUCGUAUCGAUGCAUCGAUUAAUGUGUUUAUUUUGCCCCCUGUCUGUUAGCCUUACUUGCUAUUUUCAGUAUCCGCUCCAACAUAAGCGUACAACCUACUCCUAAGCUGCGGGUGGCGCUAACCUCAUUAUUGUCUUCCACUUCACACGCGUUACUUAAGUUUCACAGUCUAUCUAUCACUCAGUUGAGUCUGACUUUCAAGAGCGAUGGAACCGUCAGAGCGAGCUGGCAAUGAAAGUGAAGUGUUACACACUCCAGUCGGCGCCAAGUCAUGGGUGUGGAAGCAUUUUGGCUUUAGAAAAACAGAAGGAGCAGUGGUAAGAGAUGUUGCCGUUUGAGAAAGACUGUCAGUGUGAGAAGAUACUGCGGCAAUACGUCGAAUCUAUCUGCACACCUGAGAAGGUGCCAUGGUAUUGAUGGCGAAUGUAAAGAAAGAACACCGGCUUCCACGCCCGCCACAUCACUGACAACGUUUUUUCCCCCAAAGUUGUCGAGCACUUCAAAAAGAGCAAAAAACAUCACCAAAGGCAUUGCGUUUUUCAUAUGCAAAGACAUGAGGCCCUAUUGCGUCGUAGAAAACGAAGGCUUUAGAUACCUGCUCGAAAUUCUUGAGCCGAGGUACAACAUCCCCUCACUGCAACAUUUCAGCGAGUCCUACAUUCCGAACUUCUACACCAAAGUUCGUGAUGAAGUUAUUCAGGGUAUGAUGAGUGCAGAGCGAGUAGCCAUAACUUCAGAUGGAUGGACUUCGUGCACAACGGAGUCCUACAUCACUGUAACGUGUCAUUUCAUUGACAACAAAUGGCAAAUGAAAAACCAUGUUUUACAGACUCGUGUCUUGGGAGACACUCAUUCAGGAGUUAAUAUCGGGCAGGUUCUGAGAAGUGCGUGUGAAGAAUGGGGUAUAUUGGACAAGGCACCGGCUCUCGUCACCAACAACGCUUCUAAUAUGAUCAAAGCUGGUGUAGAGGCAGGGUUAUCACCACAUAUAAAGUGCUUCGCGCACACACUGAAUCUGACAACACAAGCUGGCCUGAAGAUUGCUGCCACAGAAAGGCUUUUAGGGCGCGUGAGAAGAAUUGUGAGUUUUUUUCACCGCAGCGCAGUUGGGAACACAGUUUUGAAGGAGAAGCAAAGUUUGCUGGGGCUUCCACGCCACAAGCUCAAAGCAGACGUGAAAACCUGAUGGAAUAGUUCUUUCGAGAUGUUGGAGCGAUUUCUUGAACAACAAGCUGCGGUGAUGGCGACACUUCUCGACAAGAAAGUCAGAAAAGGCUUGUGUGACGUGCACACACUCAGUGAAAGUGAUCUCUUGGCUGCUGAGCAAAUGGUGAGUCUGCUAGCCCCGCUAAAGGCUGCUACCACUCUGAUGUGCGAGGAGAAGCAACCCACUGUGUCCAUCGUCGCACCUCUCCGAAUGAAGUUGUUGACGCAUUUCGAAUAUGCACCGGAUGACUCCCCCUUAAUCAAAGACAUGAAACGACUCAUGUCUGAUGAUCUUAGAGAGCGAUAUGUGGACGAAGAACCAUUCUUACUUCGAGCAGCUGCGUUGGACCCCCGAUUCAAAAGCUUCCUUUCCUGGGUGAUGAGAGAAGAAACCAAACCUUUGAAAAUCUCGCUGAAGGAACAGAGGAAUGAGUCAGUGGCCCAGCCUGAGGAAACAUCUCCUCACUCUCCUUGCCAGAUUUCUAUGGAGCUAAAUGAGGUGUGUGGUGCAACCACUAAAGAAUGCCCUCCUGUUUCCAAGAAAUCAAAGGUAUUGGAGGACCUUUUUGGCAACUCCUUCUGCACUGAGGACCCAAGUGUCAGAGACAAAACAUCCAAAGAACUAGCCCAUGAUGAAGUUAGGAAGUACAGAGAUGUUGCAUCUUUGAACCUAGAUGGUAAGGUGUUAGAUUGGUGGAGAGCUCACCAGGCUGAGUUUCCUCAGCUGGCAGACCUGGCCAAGACAUACUUAUGCAUUCCUGGUACAAGUGUACCAUCAGAACGUGUAUUUAGUACAGCGUUCAGAGCGUAGUGUAUUGUCUUCUGAGCAUGUGGACCAGUUGAUUUUCUUGAAGAAAAAUCUGUCAGGGAGCACCACUGAGAGUAUUGAAGUGUAGAGGUCAGCCUCCAUGUUUUUGGUUGUUUUGCCAUUAAUGGGCUGUAGGCAUUAUGUUCUAGACUUUUGUUACUUACUGCACACCUAAACUGUUUUUUGAGUAACUGUUCUAUUUGCAAGGCCCCUGCUAUAGCUCAAACCAUGAGCCAUGCUUCUAAUUACCUAAAUACAUCAUUCUUCUAAAAUGCAAAUGCAUUUUUUUUUAUUUUGUAGUAAAUGGGCUGUAGGCUUAUCUCCUAGACUUUUUGUUAUUAUUGCACUUUAACUGAUUUUGUGGAGUAACUGUUCCAUUUGCAGUUCAUCUAUACUGCAGAGGAUGUGUGACCAAUACCUCUUGUAAUGCAAAUAAUAUUUUCAAAAUUUUGUAUAAAAGAAACGUGCAGGGUUGAUGUACUUGAACUGUAAGCUGUAGAGGUCAGUCUUUGUUUGUUUUUUUGUUUUUUUAAUAGUGAAUAGGCUAAUCGGCCAUAGUAGACCUGCACUGUAAGCAUUAGAUUUUUUUAUUUUGUUCUAAUUACAAUUUAUCUGUUUGCACUUUAUUGUAAAUGUAGAUGCAGUAACUGUUAUAUUUGCCGUUCUAUUUGCGGUGCAUUGAGCACAACUGCUAUUGUGUAACAUACACAUUAUGUGUGAAUACUGUACUGUUUCUGUAUUCUCAAGGCAAAUUAUGUAUUAUUUUUGUGGAUUUAUUUGAAUCUUAAAAAAAAUAUCUAGUAUUGAAUUGUAUCGUAUCGAAUCGCAUCGCGGGGAAUUCUGAAGUAUCGAAAAUGAUUGAAUCGCUGGCUUAAGAAAUCGGUAUCGUAUUGAAUCAUCAUGAAGGCUCCGAUUUACACCACUAGUAAUGCAUAUCUAUUCACUAGGUUUAAGUGGGUUGCAUGUAAUGUAUAGCCUAUGUGGUGGGCUCUCUCUAUUUUUGCAUAAUAGAUAUUUUUUUUAAAAAUCAAUUGCUUAUAAUAUUAAUGCAUUAACACGUAGGAUGCUAGAGAAGGGACUGAAAAGAUGGGUGCACUAUUGCCACCAUCAUCCUAUUUUGCAUGUUUGUAUUUUUUGUUUAGCCUAUUUAAUGUGUCAAUCAAUUGUAUUUAGGCUAUUAUUAUAUUUCAUUUUAUUUCUUCAAUCAAUUUAUGCUGUUUAAUUUGGCAACUGUUUGAUAGGGUUUGCAUGUGUCGAUUUACUAUAGUCCGAUGUAUUGUGUCUUUUGUGUGCCAACAUGUUACACAACUGAUGAUGCAGCUCACCUGAUGACCUCAUGUGAUUCACCUGUAACCCCUUAACCCCUUCAAUGAUAAAAAAACAUUCAUUUUGGUCUUCACACUAUACACUGACGAUGGCUUAGGCCGAAACGCGUCUGUGGACGUGGCAUUAAUAAAUAAGUAAA